CGGCACAUCCUGUUUUCGUUGGCCGCGCUCUGAUGGCGCUCUCUGCUCGAGCUCUGGCCGCUUGGUAGGACUGGUCCUUGCUGGCACUGUGAGGGCUUGGUGCCUCCUCUCUUUGUCCUCUUUCAAAGGCCCGCGCAUCGUCCCCAAGGGCGCAGGCCUUCUGGUGGCUGGCAGCAUGGGCCGGGAGUCUCGCCACUACCGCAAACGCUCAGCAUCACGAGGACGGUCUGGGAGCCGCUCGAGGAGCCGCUCACCUUCUGACAAAAGAAGCAAACGUGGAGACGACAGACGUUCCCGGAGCAGAGAUCGAGAUAGAAGGAGAGAGAGGUCUCGGAGUAGGGACAAAAGAAGAUCUCGGUCAAGGGAUCGGAAACGGCUGAGGCGUUCGAGAAGCAGAGAGCGCGACAGAAGCCGAGAGCGAAGACGAUCUCGGAGCCGAGAGAGGAGGCGCUCACGGAGCAGGAGCCGCGGCCGCAGAUCCCGCUCCUCCAGUCCUGGCAGCAAGAGCAAGAAGGCUGAGAACAGGUCUAGGUCCAAAGAGAAAGCAGAAGGCGGGGACAGUUCUAAAGAGAAGAAAAAAGACAAAGAUGACAAGGAAGAUGAGAAAGAGAAGGAUGCUGGGAACUUUGACCAGAAUAAGCUGGAGGAAGAAAUGAGAAAACGAAAAGAAAGAGUUGAGAAAUGGCGAGAAGAACAGCGUAAAAAGGCCAUGGAAAACAUAGGGGAACUGAAAAAGGAAAUUGAAGAAAUGAAACAAGGGAAAAAAUGGAGUUUAGAAGAUGAUGAUGAUGAUGAAGAUGAUCCUGCCGAAGCUGAAAAGGAAGGGAGUGAAAUGGAGGGCGAGGAGCUGGAUCCGUUAGAUGCCUACAUGGAGGAAGUGAAAGAAGAAGUGAAGAAGUUUAACAUGAGGAGUGUGAAGGGUGGUGCAGGGAACGAGAAGAAGUCUGGGCCAACAGUCACAAAAGUUGUUACUGUGGUCACAACCAAGAAAGCAAUAGUAGAUUCUGACAAGAAGAAAGGGGAGCUGAUGGAGAACGACCAGGAUGCCAUGGAGUACUCUUCAGAGGAGGAAGAAGUUGAUCUUCAGACGGCCCUCACAGGCUACCAGACAAAACAGAGGAAACUUCUAGAACCAGUUGAUCAUGGAAAAAUUGAAUAUGAGCCAUUCAGAAAAAAUUUUUAUGUUGAAGUUCCAGAAUUGGCAAAAAUGUCUCAAGAGGAGGUGAAUGUGUUUCGGCUGGAAAUGGAGGGCAUUACAGUAAAAGGAAAAGGUUGUCCCAAACCAAUUAAAUCAUGGGUCCAGUGUGGAAUUUCCAUGAAGAUACUAAAUUCCCUCAAAAAGCAUGGCUAUGAAAAGCCCACACCAAUCCAAAGUCAAGCAAUUCCUGCUAUCAUGUCUGGACGAGAUUUGAUUGGAAUUGCCAAGACAGGAAGUGGAAAAACGAUUGCCUUUCUUUUGCCCAUGUUUAGACACAUCAUGGAUCAGAGGUCACUAGAAGAAGGAGAGGGACCUAUAGCUGUCAUCAUGACUCCAACUCGAGAACUGGCUUUACAGAUCACUAAAGAAUGUAAGAAGUUUUCGAAGACCUUGGGGCUCAGAGUGGUCUGUGUCUACGGAGGGACAGGAAUCAGCGAGCAGAUUGCUGAGUUGAAAAGAGGUGCUGAAAUUAUUGUUUGCACACCUGGUCGAAUGAUUGACAUGUUAGCAGCUAACAGUGGUCGUGUCACAAAUCUUCGAAGAGUGACGUACGUUGUUUUAGAUGAAGCAGACAGAAUGUUUGACAUGGGUUUUGAACCACAGGUCAUGCGCAUUGUGGAUAAUGUUCGUCCUGACCGACAGACAGUUAUGUUUUCAGCUACUUUCCCUCGAGCUAUGGAGGCUUUGGCCCGCAGGAUCCUGAGCAAGCCUAUUGAAGUUCAGGUUGGAGGCAGGAGUGUGGUCUGCUCGGAUGUGGAGCAGCAAGUGAUUGUGAUUGAAGAAGAAAAGAAAUUCUUGAAAUUACUAGAGCUUUUAGGCCAUUAUCAGGAGUCAGGAUCUGUCAUCAUAUUUGUGGAUAAGCAGGAACAUGCGGACGGUCUUCUGAAGGACUUGAUGAGAGCGUCUUACCCUUGCAUGUCUCUUCACGGAGGUAUUGAUCAGUAUGACAGGGACAGCAUCAUAAAUGACUUUAAGAAUGGAACCUGCAAACUUCUUGUGGCCACGUCUGUUGCCGCUCGUGGUCUAGAUGUGAAACAUCUAAUUCUUGUAGUAAAUUACAGCUGUCCCAACCAUUAUGAAGAUUAUGUGCACAGAGCUGGACGUACUGGAAGAGCAGGCAACAAGGGUUAUGCCUACACUUUCAUCACAGAAGAUCAAGCUCGGUAUGCUGGAGACAUAAUUAAAGCUCUUGAAUUGUCAGGGACUGCGGUGCCUCCUGACCUCGAGAAGCUCUGGAGUGACUUCAAAGAUCAACAGAAAGCAGAAGGAAAAAUAAUUAAAAAGAGUAGUGGCUUCUCUGGCAAGGGAUUCAAGUUUGAUGAAACAGAACAGGCUCUAGCCAAUGAGAGGAAAAAGUUACAGAAAGCCGCUCUUGGCCUGCAAGAUUCAGAUGAUGAGGACGCUGCCGUUGAUAUUGAUGAACAAAUUGAAAGCAUGUUUAAUUCAAAAAAGAGAGUAAAAGACAUGGCUGCACCUGGCACAUCCAGUGUGCCUGCUCCAACUGCGGGCAAUGCUGAGAAGCUGGAGAUCGCCAAGAGGCUGGCUCUUAGAAUCAAUGCUCAGAAGAACCUGGGCAUUGAGUCUCAGGAUGUGAUGCAGCAGGCCACCAAUGCCAUCCUCAGAGGUGGCACCAUUCUGGCUCCCACGGUGUCGGCGAAAACCAUUGCAGAACAGCUUGCUGAGAAGAUCAAUGCCAAGCUCAAUUACGUGCCUUUGGAGAAGCAGGAAGAGGAGAGACAGGAGGGCGGGCAGAGCGAGUCUUUCAAGAGAUACGAGGAAGAAUUGGAAAUUAAUGACUUCCCACAGACGGCGAGGUGGAAGGUCACCUCUAAGGAAGCCUUGCAGAGGAUCAGUGAGUACUCUGAAGCUGCCAUCACAAUCAGAGGGACCUACUUUCCUCCUGGCAAAGAACCCAAAGAAGGAGAGCGGAAAAUCUACUUGGCGAUUGAAAGUGCCAAUGAACUGGCUGUGCAGAAAGCGAAGGCGGAAAUCACCAGGCUCAUAAAAGAAGAACUGAUCCGACUGCAAAAUUCGUACCAACCGACAAAUAAGGGACGAUAUAAAGUAUUAUAAACAUCGGAGCCACUUUGUACCUGUGCUGGUCUGUGACGUUUACAAUGUAUUGUAAAGUAAGACUGUUAAAAUUCUGUCGUGUUUAUUUUUUAAAUACAAGAAACCAGUGUUUAUUAAAGAAGCCGCCUGUCAGUCAGUACUAGGCCACACUCAUCCAAACCCCAUCCAGAU